UGUGUAACGAACCGUUUGGAGCUUAAAAAUCGAAAAGUUUUUUGAGAUAUGGAAAAAAAGUUUUACUAUUCAAAACCACAAAAUUUGGGACAAUUAGCCACAGCUGCGUGGCAAGUGAAUACUACAAAAAAUCCAGUAGAGCAAACCAAUCAAGGUAAAUCGAACGAAGACGAAGACGCGGACGAGGACACGGACGAGGACGCGGACGCGGAUGCGGACGCAGACGCAGACGCGGAUGACAAAAGUCAGUCGAGGCUGCAGCAAUUGGCCGGCGAAUAUCGCAGGCUGCUCUGCAACAUUGAGCAGCAGCUACCGGUGGCGGCAACAUUAAGCGGCAUACGUUUGGUUGCAGGCAGCGGCAGUGCAACAAGAUUUCUGCAGCAGCAAGGCCAAAGCAUUGGCUUUGUGGAUUUAUUUCGACAGCGCAUGCACUACGAGCGUCUGGGCAUACCGCUUACAGUGCUUGAGCUGCUCUACAUGGGGCAAGGUGAGCAGCAGCCGCAGCAGCCGCAGCAGCCGCAGCAGCAGCGACGUUUGCAAGACAGCGGCACACAAACGUCGCAGCAUGAGCGACUCGAUGCGGGCUGGCGCGCCAGCGAUUUGGAUGAGCUCGACUAUUGCGCAAAUUGUGAGCGUUUGACCUGUGGCAACUUUGAGCUGCGGCAUGCGGUAAAGGUGCGCGAUCUGCCAGCUGCAAUGGCAACGCAGCAGCGGCAGCAAGCAGAGCUGAAGCUGGGAGUUGAGCUGGAAACGCUGCUGGGGCCGCCGCAAAGCAAAGCGAACAUAGCAGAGCCAGAGCCAGAGCCUGAGCUUGAGUCUGAGCCUGAACCUGUUGUGCUAAAGAAAUUCGGCUCGACGGAUACGCUGAACGAAGUCUGGCGCAAUCCUGUCGCUUACGGCGUCUAUGAGCGCAGCAAUUUUGAUGCCGCUGCGCCCGCGCUGCAGCUAAUGCUGAGCGGCUGCAUGGGCGCGCCGCCACCGCUGGAUAAGCAGUCGGCCAGCUUGGGUGUGGAGCAAGCCGUGCAGCAGUCGAUGCAGUUCGAUAAGCUGACGCGUGAGCAGCGAGCGCAGCAAAUUGCGCUGCGACUGCAACAGCUGCGUCAGUUUCAGGAGCAAGCGAAUCGCAGCUACUGCCAGCAGCUGCUUGAGCGAACUGCCGACGGCGGCGGCGAGCUGCAGUGGAGCGAGAGCGUUGACGCUGGACUGGCGCCCAGUUUGCUGCAUGCCUGCCCCAUGGGCGGUGCGGAAUGCACGCGCGUGCUGAACGAAUCGCUGCUGGCGCACUUCAUCAAUGUGCAUCUGUCUGAGCCGGGACUGACGCUUAACGAGCUGUUCGAGCGCGAUCAGAUGCUGAUUAUGUUCCAGCCGCGCUCGUUUAAGCGCGGCCGCAAUGUCUGUCUAUCGAUGAUCGUAUAUGCGGGCUUCAAGGAUCAGCCGCAGUCGCUGCCCAUACUACGCUUCAUGCCCACCUAUAAUGCUGGCAUGCCGGCGGCUUUUGCGCGCUUCACUGGCCACAUGCCCAUCUUUGUUAUGGCCUGUCGCACGCGCAUACGCGCAAGUCCCAAACGCGUGCGUUUUGUCGAUCAGCAGCAGCAGCAGCAGCAGCAGCUCGAAGACUCCAGUGAGCCGCUGCUUGGCUCGAAUGCAAGCUGCGCCACCUGUGCGGCUGCGGCUGCGGCUGCGGAUGAGUUGGAGAAUGUCAUGGCCUUGUGGCUGGUCAGCAUGGAGCUGGCGCAGCCGCUGCAUGUGCACAUGACUGUCUUCAAUAGUCGCCUCGACAUCAGUCGCAGCUCCAUUAUGCAGGUGCGUGGGCUGCACAAGUCGCACAACUUCGAGCAAUUCAUGUUCAGCAGUCGCGACUAUUUGCGCCUCACCAGCCACGAUCUGCGCCUGCUCACCAAUAACUAUACUGAGCCCAUUUAUCUGGAGCUGGCUGUGCGCGAAUUUGCUGCUCAGUUGCAGACUGAUUCGAAUUUGGAUAUCAAUUUCAAUGCGUAAUUUCCGUUGUCCUUGUCUCCUGCUUCUUACAUUCGUAACGCUAAAUUAUUCGAGAGUAAAAAGAUAUAUAUAUAUAUUUGGAAGUCAAGACACCUAUGCAACAGCUUUAUAUAUAUUCAUAUCAUCUAAGCUAAGAAA